AUGUCUGGGCAAGGAUCAUGGCUUUCUCAAAUGACGAUUUCUGUCCGUAACGAUCCGUAUUUUGCUGGUUACGUUGCGUACCUUCACGAGCUGCUCUACUUUGGUUCCGAGCUUUUCCUUGCUCUUACCGUUGGACGGACGGGGCUUGCCAAGUGUGGCAUUCGCUGGGGUUGGCUUCGGUUACGACAUGUAAUCAUGAUCGGGAGAAGCUGGGAUCUAAUCUUAUCAGCCGGAAGUCGAUCACCCCGAUUAAGUCCGACCUCGUCUGUCGUCGCCAUAACUGCUGGCCAUGUCUCAGCGACUGCUCGUGCGACGCCCCAGCCCUCCAUGCCCUCAUUCAUUCAGUUGCCAGACGACAUCCUCCUCGACAUAUUCAUACGGCUGUCCAUCCCAGACGUCCUCGCACUCAAACAGGCAAGCUCGCUCACGUGCCGGGCGAUUUACACCCUCGCAUUGACCGACUACCUGUGGCACCAGCUCGCCUCAGACCUUGCUCGCACUGUACCCCUUCCCCUCCCAGCCAAUACAUCAGUCCAGGCGCUCCCAGCCACAGACCUCCAGCCACUCUGCACAACUGCUCUCCGGCUGGACCUAAACUGGCGUAGACCGGAGCCUACCAUAAGACGUUUCGUGUCUGUCACGUCUGGGCCUGAUAAUGUAUCCAUCUCUGAAAUCUGUUGGCUGCCUGGCGCGCACUGGCUAGUCACCGCCCAGCGUAAUCGGCCAAUGGGCAGGCAGAGCACGACCUUCACCUUCUGGAAUGUGGGGCACGAACCCUUCAGGGCAGCAGCGCUUGAAGCUCCUGGUUAUUACAGACACAUGUCUGUUGGGAUUCAGGAGGACGAGCAUGGCGAGCACUCUGCCCUGUUAGCCCUGACAGUGACUGUUAAGGGUGAAGAACUCCUCCAAGUGUAUUCCGUUCGUCUAUCCUCCAUCGCGGAUCCGGACACUUUCCACGCCCAAUCUCUGGUCUCUCAGACCAUUACUCCGAUGAGCUCCACCGAGAAAGUCGCAUUGAAACAUCACAUAACCCGGCCUGUAUUAUCAGCAGGGAUAUUCUACGAAGUCGUGAUGUGCGGCGAGGUGGUCGCAGCUACGCUUGUAAAUCUCUUCGACAUGCCUGGGGUCGCUCAUCAGAUUCUUCUGCUGAACAUCCGCACUGGCGUGAAGCGCUUGGUCGAUGUGCUAUAUAAAGAGACCCACUUGAGAAUGCACAUCACACUGUACCCGACCGAGAUCGUCAUAACCGGCGCGCUGGAGGACACCCUCGUAACACGCGCCCAUGCGUUGCCACCCGAGUUCCUGCCGGCGUCCCCUCGUCGUUCGACCUCACGAUCCCCGUCUACCUCUCCUACCCGUUUCCCUCCCUGCUCGUCCCCACAACCGUCCGGAGCGAGGAGGGACGAAGAGCCCUCCCCGAUCGACCUCGGCCCUCCUAUCCUCGACGCGGUCAUCUCCAAGCUUCCAAACGCCGUCGACUUUGUCCCCUCUGACAGCCCCGGGCCCGGUGCGCCACCUUCUCCAUCGCUGACAUUCAUGACCGUCCGGUUCGUCGAGGGCACCAUGGCCCGCGUCUACCUCGCCACCGUCCCGCUGCCCACCGCUGCCUACUCGCCCCCCUCUGUCCCCGCGCGCCGCUUCGCGGUGUUCCCGACCACCAUCCACCUUCCCAUGUCUCUGAGCGGGGGCACGCUGACGAUCGAGCACCCGCGCCUCGGGCCCGCGGGGCGCCGCGGCGUGUGGGUCCAGCGGAACGUCGAGACGGAGGAAGUAAGGGUCGUCCGCAUCGCGAACGGCGGGCUUGGGGGUGGCGCGGAGGUGCACACGCUGCUGAGCGCGUACCCGAAUCUGCCGUUCCGGCCGAAUUCGGUGCGGGCGCUCGCGUUUGACGAGGCCCGCGGCAGGCUGGCGGUGGGGUUGUUCAAUGGGGAGGUGUAUGUGCUGGAUUACUAG